GUAGGUCUCUCUUUCUCUCUUUUUUUCCCCCCUUCCUUCCCUUUGGGCUAACAACGAUGGAGCGGGCCGGGAGUUCCGCGGAGUCUCUUCGCUACGCGGAGUACGUAGGCCGGAGCCGCGGAGACAGCGGUGGCCGAGGACCGGACAUCAACUACGGGCUGGCCAAAUCUGUCAUCGGAGUUGGCCUGGGCAUCGCAGCCGUUGCUUUUGGAGGUCGUUACGCCUUCCAACUCUGGAAACCUUUAGAAGAAAUCUUCUCCCAGGUAGCAAAGAACAUUUCAGCGACUACCGUUUCUUCGUAUUACAAAGGCGGAUUCGAAUCGAAAAUGAACGUUCGGGAAGCUAGUCUUAUUUUAGGCAUAAGUCCAUCUGCUGGCAAGGCCAAGAUUAGAAAUGCUCACCGGAAAAUCAUGAUUCUGAACCACCCAGAUAAAGGUGGGUCACCAUACCUGGCAACCAAAAUCAACGAAGCCAAGGAUCUGCUGGAAUCAAGCAGGAAAAAUUAAGAGAUUUUCAUCACACCUCAGAAACUUUUUAGAGGCCACACAAAAACUCCUUGCUUUCCCAUUUGUAGGGGAACCACAGCACAGAAACCAAACUUUGGGCAUGUUUAAUAAAGUUUCAGCAAAUUUGGAGAUGCCGUUUCAGGGAGUUCAUCAUCGAAUCCGGUCUCCAUGCUUCAAAUGUCAUUUAUGGCCUCAGGGGCAUAUUAUCCUGGAGGUGUAAAACCGCGAUGCAGAAAAAAUUAGGAUUGAUAUUUUCUUUUAAUACGUCAAAUCCAGGUUUUUAGUUUUUCGUCAGCAAAAAAAAAAAUUGCUUUG